GCGUCUGAAGGGUUUCAUUGGAGAUGAAGAAAGAAAGGGCAGUUUCAAGGAAGUGACGGACUACCCUCGGAAGACUGGUCAGAGGAAGUUUGCUUGAUAAUGGUGCUGUGCUGUUGAGCGAAACUUUUCCCUCUUGAGUCGUGGAUCGGGACGGAAGGAUCCAGCAGGACGGCCGGGGGAGGGGGGAAGCUUUGGUUCCCUCGCUCCAUCUGAAGCUCCGAUUAAAUAAGUUGAGCCUCCUGUGAUUUUUUUUCUUCCACGGAUUAGCGAUGGGGAAGGAGCAGGAGCUCGUGGACGCAGCGCGCACCGGGAACCUCGCCGUGGUGGAGAAGCUUUUAUCCGGGAAACGGCAGACCGCAGGCGGUUCUGGGAGCGCAGGAAGCGGCGGCAGUAGCAGCAGCAGCAGCCACGGAGCGUCCUCCCAUCCGCUGUCCAGUCUGCUCAGCAUCUGGAGAGGCCCCAAUGUAAACUGUGUGGACAGCACUGGAUACACUCCUCUGCACCAUGCUGCCCUCAAUGGACACAGCGCCGUGGUGGAAGCCCUGCUGCGGAACGAGGCUUUGACCAACAUCGCCGACAAUAAGGGCUGCUACCCGCUCCACCUGGCCGCAUGGAAGGGAGACCAGCACAUCGUGAGGCUCCUCAUCCACCAAGGACGCUCAAACCCCCAAAUCAACGAGCAGAGCUCUGUAGACCAUAAAGAGUUCAAACGCUGUGGGCCCUUUGACCCCUAUAUUAAUGCCAAGAUUUUUCUCAGCUGUUAUGUCAAGACCCCGAUGAAGGCCAGGAGCCGAAACCUGUUGAACAAUGACAACGAGACGCCGCUGCACUGUGCCGCCCAGUAUGGUCACACCCAGGUGGUGCGCCUGCUGCUAGAGGAACUGACCGACCCCACCAUGAGAAACAACAAGUUCGAGACGCCGCUGGAUCUGGCUGCACUGUAUGGUCGGUUGGAGGUGGUCAAGCUGUUGCUCAGCGCACAUCCUAAUCUGCUCUGCUGCAACACCAAGAAACACACACCUCUGCACCUGGCUUCCCGGAACGGACACCUGUCUGUGGUGGAAGUGCUGCUGGACGCUGGCAUGGACAUCAACUAUGAGACAGAGAAAGGCAGCGCCCUCCAUGAAGCUGCCCUGUUUGGGAAGACAGAUGUGGUACAAAAGCUACUCAGUGCAGGUAUUGAUGUGAACAUUGUUGACCAAAAGGGUUUGACAGCGCUGGACACUGUCAAAGACAUGCCCUCCCAGAAAAGCAGAGAAAUAGCUGCCCUCAUCCUUGGGCACAAGACUGGAAAACCCCCCGACAUCGACCUUCCUCCUCCGCCCGUUCCUCCACCCCAGGAGAGCUCCAGUCCGAGGAAGAAGGGUAACCAGGACAAAGUGACGGUCCUCAUAUCGGGGCUGGCCCCCGACCCAGAGGAGGAGAGCCCCUAUGAAGCUCUGUUUGAAGCCACUUCUUGCCAUUCUUUAGACAGCCUCACCAGUGGGAAGUCCUCCGACAGGGACUCAGGACGGCCCGACAGCGAAGUUGGCAAGAAAGACCGUAUUGUCCCAUCGCAUCCUGUCGCAAGUCAUGAGGAAGAGGGAAGCUCAGAGGUGCAUUACACAGGUAGCAGUAUAAAUGAAAGGAGAGAGCUAGCAGAGGAAGCAGAGGAUCACACGUACGAGUUGUUGUUGACUGCAGAGACCAAAGUCCCACCGCCCAGUCUGGACUACCAGCCCAAUAAAGAAGAGAAUGCCACUACACAGUCUUCCAACAGUGUCCUACCUCAGCGCAAAUCCUGUGUGCCCCCCAAUGACCUCAGACCCCCAAGUAAAACAAAAGACAGUCUGCUGCCCCCUGCAUGGAUGGCUCCAAAUGCACCGGGAGAUAACUUGCAGGGCAACCAGGAUCAGGGAGCAGGUGUCCCAGAGCAGUUUACUGGCCUUUUGCACGGUUCCUCUCCCGUCAUCGACAGCCACGACGACGCCUUCAGACUUCCAGGUGUUUUGCCACCCAACCAGGGCCAACCAGAAACGAGGAAAUCGAACAAAGCAGGAGAAAAGCCACCAGCUGCUUCCGGUUCUCCUAGCCGACCCAGCAUGGCCGCAAUCCUGACAGACUGCGAUCCAAAAGCAAUUUAUGCCACUGUGAACAAGGAGCCCAGAGACUCUGCCGCGGGGGCAGGAUCUGUCAUUAGGAUGCGCCCUCCUGGUGACCUGAAACUCGCACGGAGCCUCUCCAAAUCCGACUCUGACUUGCUCGUAUCGCCUCCUGGCGAGGAGGAAGGGGGACUGGGGAACCGGAGCGAGUCUGUUUCCAACUGUAGCACCGGCAAGAAGAGGCUUGAGAAAUCUCCCUCCUUCACCUCAGAAUGGGACGAGACACAGAUGUCUUCUUCUGUCCCAAAACAAGGAGGAUCUAAUUCCACCGAAAGCAUUGAGAAGAUCAUGACUCUUAUCGGAGCUGGCAUUGAUUUCUCCAGAGAUCAGCACUAUGCUUCACCAGCAGGUGCUGCAGGCCGGCUGCUGGAGCAGCCUGUGGGGGACUGGCUGGAGCAUGUGGGGCUGCCGCAGUACGAGAGCAAAUUGCUGCUGAACGGCUUUGAUGACCUCCACUAUAUGGGAAGCAAUGUAAUGGAGGACCAAGACUUGAGAGAGAUUGGAAUCACAGAUCCAAGCCACAGAAAAAAGAUCCUGCAUGCAGCACGCUCCUUUCCUAAGGUAAAAGCCCUGGGAUGUGAUGGCAGCAGCUCUCUGUCCGCCUGGCUGGAGAACCUGGGUCUGCAUGAGUACCUACCCAACUUCCUGUCCAGCGGCUGCCGUAGCCUUGACUGCGUGAAAAACCUUUGGGAGCUGGAAAUCGUCAAUGUGCUUAAGAUUUCUUUGCUCGGUCACAGGAAACGCAUCAUAGCAUCGUUAGCUGAAAGGCCUUAUGAGGAGCCUCCUGUCAAACCCCCUCGGUUGUCUCAAAUCAGGUGUCAGGAACUGCCAGGAUCCCAGAACUCAUCCCCUCUCAGUCUGAUGGAGCCCUACGCCGGCCGCUCAAUGGACCCUCUGCUGCCUGCAGCAGAUUCAGGCAGAAAAACAGCAGCAGAAUCAGAUUAUGAUUUGGCCCAAAGAUAUCAAAGCGGAAGACAGAAGCCUCAGGAGCGAUACGAAGAGAUUCAUCAAGAGCCUCGGCUGACCUUGCGACCACCGAGUCUAACCGCGUAUGCCCCCGUCCAGAACUGGCACCACCAGCCGGAGAAACUCAUAUUUGAAUUCUGCGCCUAUGAAGCUAGUUAUCUGGGUUCUAUGCAAAUCAAAGAUCUGAGGGGUAUCGAAUCAACGCAGGAUGCUUGUGCCAAAAUAAGGAGGUCCACAGAACAAAUGAGAAAGGUCCCAACCAUUGUUCUGUCAAUCACCUACAAGGGUGUGAAGUUCAUAGAUGCAGCGAACAAGAAUAUAAUCGCAGAGCAUGAGAUCCGUAACAUAUCAUGUGCAGCCCAGGAUCCAGAGGACCUGUGUACGUUUGCCUACAUCACUAAAGACCUGCAGACCAGCCACCAUUACUGCCAUGUCUUCAGCACAAUAGAUGUGAGCCUGACCUAUGAGAUUAUCCUGACACUGGGCCAGGCAUUUGAGGUGGCCUAUCAGCUGGCACUGCAGGCCCAGAGGACCAAACAACAACAGGGCCUCCCGGCGGGAAGCAGCUCAGACGGCAAUGAAACCAAGUCCAGUCGACCUGUACCCAAACCAAGGGGGAGUGUUCGGAAGUCGGGGGGGGAUUUACUGGAGCAAGAGGGGGAUUCACCGGCCAACAGCGGUGCCACAUGGCUCGUGGAUCCAAAGGAAUCGAAACGCUCAAUCAGCACUAAGUAUGAGACCACCAUAUUCUGAGAGAGGCCCCCUCUGCUCCUCCUCCUCUUCCUCCUUCUCCUGGGUCUCGCUGUUACUACUUCCCUCCUUCUGUGUGCCUUUCACUGUGACUUAGCCCCUUUGUUUGGCUGGACACCCCCAGCCCCCACCACCACAAACCCCCUGACAGCCCAGUCCGUUACAGUUACUCACUGAUCUCCAUAGCUCCUUCUCCAAGUUGAGCCACCAUUGCUUGUACGCCUUGCAUUGAUUGUUAUUGCAGUCACUCUGCAAGUCUGCCACUAACACAUACUGUCCUUUAACUCACUUCUUUCCUUUUUUCCCCCUCUAACUGCAACCAUACUGUUUCCUCUCAGUGAUGAGCUCUUUCUUUUCCGCUACAUCAGGCGACGGCCACUCUGAAGCUUUUUCCUUCUGAUCUUUCACCUCCUGACUUCUCAGAGUUCUGAGAAAAAUCCGAGAGCCACCCGCUGCGCUCGCACCAUACGCAGAUGGAUGUUUCCGGAAGAACACUGUGGAUCUGCUCUUCUAAUUCUAUGCAUCCAUCAGGCUUUAGCAGACUAGCCGUUUAGUUGAAUGCAAGUGUUUGGGAGUUGCGGGGAAGUUUCCUACUGUUUACUGCUUGCUUUUAGCUAUCCGUGCUAAAGUCUUAAAGCACUGUGAGCAGCUUGUUUAGGGGGAUUUUUUUUUAUUUUAGGAAAGAUUAAAUCACAUUGAAAAUAAGUCCAAAUUAAGGUGCCUUGCACAUGUGUUGCUGCCUUUUGAGUUUUCUAAUUUUUUCAGUGCGUUUGUCUUGUGAAUCUAGAGUAUCUGACAAAAAAUGAGUGCACCCCUGAUAUUUUAUUGUAAUAUUGUAUUCUGUUUUCCUAGAACAAUGCUGAAGAUAUGACACCUGGAAGUUACAAUUAUCAGCAUAUGGCUUUUAUUUUAAUGUAAGUUUGUGGUCCCCUUAAGAAAACUCGACCACAACCAUUGUUUAAACCGCUAACACUAAAAGUUAUUACACCCCUAAGCAAAAAUGUCCAAAUUGUGCCCACGACUGGCAGUAUGCACCCCCAAACCAUGACACUGCAACCAUCAAACUUGGCUAUAGUAGACAAAAAGGAAAUUUUUAUCUGCCACACAUGCUUGACUUCACCCAAAUCAUAGAAAUGUAUCUGGAUCUCAUCAGACCUCAAUAAUUUGGUGGCCUUUGUCUUCUUUUCCUCAUCAAACUCUGUGUGGGAUUUCUGCGUAUCUCUUCAGAUCAUCCACCAUAGCAUCAAUAUGCAUCAAUACUUUUGCAAGGUAGUGUAUAUUUGGACUUGCUUUGAUUUGUGGAAAUGGAGCAAAAGGGUGCAAACGGCGUGCUUUUCUACAGUGAGCUAACAACAACUAAGCACUUUUACUUAAUUUUUGCGUAGAAACAAAACUGCCAAAGUGUCCAGCUUUCAUUUUUUUCUUCUGUUUAUGACAAAUGCCUUCAAUGUUUUUUCUGUCUGCAUUGCCUUUUGGUAAUAUUGCCAACAACACCUUUUUGGUUUGUGCAUCACUGCUGCUGGGGGAAAAAAAAGGGUUACCAAUUACAUAAAUGGAGGGAUGGUUUGUGUGUACAUGUCUUUGCAGUUGUUUUUACUUCAUUUUAACCCUCUUAUUGUGUGCGUGUGUCUACUUGUCCUUUCCUUCCUCUAGCUGAACAUUGCUGCUGCUCCCAUUCAUUGAGUUAGGACGGGAUGAGCCUUGUUACGUAAUUGGGAUCAUCGGGCUGUUUUUUUGUUUUUUUCCUUUUAUUUUGUUUUUUGAUUGAAAAGUGACCCCUGCAGCAGCUAAUAUAAUCAGUUCAAUCAUGCUCGCAGCACACAUCUGGACCCUGAGACAAAAUGAGGUUCCAUGCCAUUUCACUCGCCACUUUUCAUUUGACCUCUCUGCACACAUCUUGCUGUCAGAGUAUGACACAGUGUCUCUGUUCUCCGUGCAUUUGCCUGUAAACGAGUGGCAGCCUCCCUCACAGAGACUUAUUAUUUGCUGUUUGAGUAAACUUACCUGCAUUCUGCAACGCAGAAAACCUGUAGCUAAAGAGGAAGUUGCAGAUAAGGAAGAUAAGGACAGGAUAUUUUUUUAUGCUUUUUUUUUUUAAGAGAGAGACCUCAUGCUGUUGGCACAGACUCACUGUGUUUUCAAAUAUUGGAGCUUCUCUCCAAAACCAUCUGCCUAAUGUAAUCGUGCAUGGGAGAAACUUAAAACCAACACUACAAAGACCAUCUCUCAGUAAAAUCCCCCUUUAUUUUAUUUAGUUCUUAUUCUGGCGGUUUUAUUCAUUUUAUGGGACAUCUUGUGUCCUAAUGCUGAAACUGGAUCAAGACCCUCUCCCUCUCCUUUUUUCUCUGUCCUUUUGCCCAGUUUAAUCCAAACAAGGUUAUUCACCAUAACCUGCCAUGCAGGCUGGUACGAAUUUACUCUUUAAGCUAAAGAACAAUAGGGUAAAGAACGUUUUCUCCAGGUAACUCCCAGUACCAAGACUGGUAAUGGUACUGCUUAAUGCAUCAGAUUGAGUUUGAGUACUUAACAUUUUGAUUUAACUGUUGUGGUACGUCAUAUGACAACACACUGGCACGCCCUGUUUAGCAUGCCGGUACCGGCACCUUUCAGCCAUUGGCCUGAUCCAGUACUGCUUUUGCACAUUGCCAAGGAUCGGGAGACUUUUUGUGGAACUAAUCGUAUAUGUUGAGAAUGAAAAUGUACAUGAUUUUAGAGCUGUCUGUAUUUUGAUACUUGAAUGAUUUUUGCUUUUAUAGUUAUCUAUAUAUGUGUAUGUAUGUAUGUAUGUAAGUAUAUCAUUUUGAUGUUUUUGUCAAAACAAAGGACUAUGUCUUAUGAAAUAAACAUAUCAUGAAUAAAUGCCCUGUGAUUUUAAAAACAGAAAAAAGGCUGAGGAAAUGACUCAGAGGGACCUCAAUUCAUAAAAAAAGAUUGUAAAUAAUCUUGGGCUUCCAGUCUUUUUUUAUAGUUAUUUUUCAUAAUUGUAAAACUAAUAAAUCUUGGGAUUAGAAUUA